AAGCGUAUCAGAAAUAUGCUCGUUUUCAUUGACGUGCACAGUUUCAUCACUGUCAGAACAAGCGUUUCUUCACGCUGAACAGUGACCCUGACCUCAUAGUUGUGGCCUAAACCGAAACUAGAAAUGUCAUUGAAAGACAGAAGAGAAGCUUUUGUUACCUUAGCAACAAACGACACAUACUCACUAGGAUGUCUAGUGCUAGGAAAUUCAUUAAAAAGGGUCAGAACAACCCGGCAACUAGUUGUUAUGAUUACAGAGGGUGUUUCAAAUUCUAUGAGAUCACAACUAGCACAAGUGUUUGAUGUUAUACAAGAAGUGAACGUGUUAGACAGCAAUGAUCCAAUUAACCUCUCGUUGCUAGGGAGACCUGACCUCAAUGUGACCUUCACAAAACUUCACUGUUGGAGACUUACACAAUUUGAUAAAGCUGUUUUCUUAGAUGCUGAUACCCUAGUAUUACAGAAUGUAGAUGAAUUAUUUGACCGAGAAGAACUUUCGGCAGCACCAGAUGCUGGUUGGCCAGAUUGCUUCAACUCUGGAGUGUUUGUAUUCAAACCAUCGUUAGAAACAUACGAAUCCCUGCUACAAUUUGCAACGUCACAAGGCAGCUUUGAUGGAGGUGAUCAGGGUCUACUUAAUAUGUACUUUAACAAGUGGUCGACAGAGGACAUAUCAAAACACCUGCCUUUUAUAUAUAAUGUCGUAUCACAGGCUUUCUACAGUUAUCUUCCAGCUUUCACACAGUUCAAAGAGAGAGUAAAGAUUGUUCACUUUAUUGGUGCUGUUAAACCAUGGCAUCACACAUUUGACACAAACACAAGGACAGUUACACCACUACCAGGUACUGGCCACAGUCAAGAAUUCCUUCAAGUCUGGUGGAACAUUUUCAUGGACCUGGUUCAGCCAACUUUAGACCCAACUUUGAGGAAAGAAAAGCAGCUUCUUCCAACGAUUGUUGUUUCACAUCCAUGCACCCAGAAAACUUACGUGUUUGUUCCUAAAUCGGGGAAAUAUUUGAGCCAAGUCAAGAACGAGGCUCCCUGGUUCUGGACUAAAUCACCCUGGCAAUCCCUUCUGGACUCGCCUAUGCAAUUUUGUAAAAUGGCCUUCCAUGCACUAGCUAGAUGCUGGAAAAAUAAACCAAAUCAAAUAUACCAGGUAUAUAAUAGUAGUGAAUAUAUUGAGAUGGGGCAAGGAACUGUCCCUGAAAUUAUCCUUAUAAACCCCAAUUGGGGCCAUAAAAUAGAUAGGAAUAAUUCUGAGAAUACGGAAAAUAAUGGUGAAGAUAAUAUUACUGAAAUAACGGUCAUUCCAAGAAGUUAUUCAGAAUUAGAGUCGCAUUAUGCAGAAGAACCAAUAUCUCACAUCAAUCCAGCCAAUCCUCCUCCAGUGACAUAUAGUGCUCCCUGGAUUACGGAGGGCUGGGAGAAAGGAACUAAAAAGCCAGACCCCAACCCCCCAGGUUACACAAUCGCGCACCACAAAUCUGGUGAAUCCAAACCGGAAGCAUUAAACACAAAUUCUGAGCGGGAAUCAAACGAUAUCAGUAUUAAUGAGGCUAAGGAGAAUGAAAUUUCUAGUCCGACAAGUAUUGUAGAGGAUACCUCUGUAAGUCAUUCAUAUAUUUGCUUGUAUUUUGAAUUAUUUUUAUUGCAAUCUCAGAAUUUGUUGGAUAUAUUUGCAGGUCAGAUAGACUACCUUGGUCAAGAUUCUUUCGAGAAUAUUCAGAGAAAGAUUGAUGAGACUUUAAAUAAUACAGAUAAAGGAACAGCCCAAGUAGGAAUAGGCCUUCCUUUUGAAACAAAAUUGGAGACGAAACCAGCUGUUACAAGUCCGCAAUCAGUACAAAAAGUAGAGUCAACACCUACAUCACAACCAAAAAAACAAGCUGCCCUUCCCAAAAAGCCUGAAGCUCAACCAAAGUAACUUUGCAACUUUGGUUUUUCAUCGCAGGUACAAAGUAUGUAUUUGAAUAUAUAUAUAGCAUAAACAUAGCUAUAGCUACCUCGUAACAAAAUAUACUUUUCCAUCUCUUCUCUCUAUGAAUGCAGACUUGUAUACGAAACAAUAUUUGAAGAAUUUCUCCUUAAAAGUUUGACCUGCUUAUAGAAUGCCCAGAGCAUUAUUCUUAGUUGUUUGCUUCAGAACUGUAGGACGGUAGGAAAAUAAUUGAUGGAAUGACAUUUCGAGGAAUAGUAGAAUGCUCUGUUUUUCUUUUAAAAAGAAAAAAACAGUUACCUUAAUAUGUAUCUUUACAAUAUUAUAUGUUGAUUUAUUGACAAGUAUUAAAAUGCAUAAUUUGUUGUGCUUUUAAAAACCAUGUAAGAACAUGGUAUGUUUGUAUAUUUAAAAAAAAAAAAAAUAAACAAUAAUUAGUUGAUCGGCUUUAACUUUACUAUGGCUGUGUUAUUUUAAAAGUUAAUUUCUUGUUAACUAACAUUUUUAAUAUACACAUGGCUUUAAUAUGUUAAAAGUUUUAAAAGCUAUCCGACACAAUUUUCUUUGUAACUCAUAAUAAUUGUUUGUUUAAAUCGUUGAAAAUUCUGAUGUGUUGAGGCUUGCUUUAAUAAACUGUAGAUUAGCAAUCAUUUAAGCAAGGUCUGUUCCUAUCUUCUCUACUUGUAAUAUGGUUUUGUAAGCGAACAGCAUGGAUCCUGAUCAGACUGGGUGGAUGCGCAGGCUGGUCUGGAUCUAUGCUGGUUGCAAACACAAUAUGUUAGUUUUGUCAUGGCGCGGCUCAAAUCUUUCUGCUUAUCUUGGGCGAACUUGUCAGCAAUAAAUGCCACAUCAGUUGCUACCUCAAUUUUUCCUGUUUAUCCUCUAUCCUCCACUUCCUAGACCUUUGUUACACACAUCUUGGUGAGUUGGUGCAAUUUUAUAUUUGAUUUGCAAAGAAUUGCGGUGUUUUAUAUUUCAUACAGUCUUGCCUAAAAUGCGUGGGUUAGAAAAACAAAUACAAUGUAUACUCUGUAAAGUGGCUAAAUUUGUUUGGUCGAGCAGCACAUUUUCCUGUAAAUACAAAUUUCAGUUGCAAGUUUUUAUCAAACCUGAUCAAAUAGUAUGUAAUGGUGGCACCUUGGGUGUUUUUUUUAAAAGAUUUUCUUACACAAGGCAGCUUUACUACAUGUAUCAUUAGAUUAAACAAAUUUAUAAAGUGCAUGAGUAAAUGUAUAUGUCAAAGGUCAUGAGAAAAUGUACAAUAAUACUUCUGUCUAUCUUGUCUAUUUACUUGAAUGGUUCAUUGGGAAAAUGUUGAAUAACGAGAAUGAUAUGCUCAUUUUAAAAAGUGGCAGCCAUUUUGCUUAUGAAAAUAGCCUCAAAUCCAAAUGCCUAUUUUCACAUUAAAAAAGUAGUUCUCAUUAUCUAAAGCUGCAUACAUCCAGAUGUUAGUGGUUGUUUACAUAGAAUGCCAUACACAAGCUUUAAUUCUUUUAUUUUUUUCAAAUGACGUAAAUAGUUUUACUAUUUAAAACUCUUCUUAAAUUUUCUUUAAGAAAUAACUUUCGUCUGGAAGUUUGCAGCUUUGAUUGAACUUUUCAUCAUUAAACAGCAAGACAUUGGCAUUAUUCACUAUACAGUACAGAUUUUUUUUAAACUAUGAUGUUUAAAUCCAGUGUAAAAUGAUCACUGUAAUGUCUUUUAUUUUGUACUAUAAUCUGCCACAGAACUUAUCUGAAAAUAUCUAUCUUGUUCCAGCUUUUUUAAUUGAUUUAACAAAUGCUUUUGAUUAAAAUCUUCACUUGCAGACGGCAUGCUGUUACUUUAUACAAUUUCACUGUUAAUUAAUAACGUUACUACUGCAUAUUGCUUGAAGUCCAAAUCUGUUUAAUGUUUUGUUAAUACAAUGUAUGACAGUUUUGUCAAAAUACAGUAAAUGUAUAGGAGAUUGGUAAAAAGUGUGUAAAUUUGAUGUUUUAUAUAAAAAAAAGAAUAAUAAGAAUUUGCAGUCAUCAAAAAUUUAAUUUCACUAUGAAAUAUACCGGUAUAUAAAAAAACACACUUUAUUCUUAGUUCUGGUAAUGUAGUCACUAUGGUACAAAGCACUUCUGGAUUAACACAUGCUUCAUGAUAUGUAGAAUUUAAACAUUAUAUACAUGAUAAUAUAUACACAUGUAUAUAUAUUAUUAUAUUAUAAUAUAUUAGAAUGCAAUAGUACAUGUAGUGUAACAUAAUAAUAAUAAUAAUAAUUAUGAAUAGUAUUUACUAAAAGUAGAAAAUACAUUUAUAAUAAUUAUGUGCUGUACAUGAUAAAUCAUGAUUGACUAGUCAAAAGUGGAAUGUACAUUUAAAUGAUUUUACUUUGUGAAAUACGAUGAACAAAAAAGACAAUGCUUUAUUUGGUGCAAAUGUUAUAAUCAUUGCUGAUCUUUCUGCUUAAAUUUAUUUUUUUACACUUUGCCAUAAUAUCUCGCAUAAAGUGCUAUUAUUUUCUGCUAUAAUCUAUUUUUGUUGUUGUUUUAUACUUGUUGUUUAAUGUUCAUGUAUACAUUAGUGACUCUGUAAUAUAUUUUAGUUGUUCUAAUAUUGAAUUCAACAUUUGUGGGAGGAAAAAAAAAAUAUGAAAGUGACAUUAUGCUUGUGUUUUUUGCUAUCACCUGUUGAGCUGAAUUACUAUAUUUCAAAAGAUCGACUAUUGUAAUUUUAAUUGAUCAAUAACAGACAAUGACAACGUUUGUGAAAAAAUUAAUAAAACUACACAAAAUUUAAAACUUUUAUCAGUUGGAUGCUACGGACAAAUUCCGAAGGCUAUUUAUAGAAAUUUCCUUGGGUUAUGUGGGUUAUUUAUCAUUUUUGCAUAUAAAAAUAUAUAAUUGAUAACAAUAAUACCAGAAUGUAAAGUUAUUUGACUUUUACAGUGGUAAUUUACACUUGGUUGGGCAUAAUGUCACAUCAACGUAAAACUAAUUUUUUAGUCCUCUUCUUCUUCAUUUUUUCCGUAAUUUUAUUCACGCUUCAUUGAAUUUUAGCUCUGAUACAAUUAACAAAACUUUUCCACGUAGAUGGACAUGCAUUAGUCAUUGGUAACUCUCCCCAAUCUCGGAACAUUUCUCAGACAAAUGGCGUGAACUUAAGCAAAGCGCUGGUUGAAAUCUUUACCCUUUUGGAGGCGUUCAGCUGAUUAAUAUUCCCACCUUGUGAGUUCCCUGUCAGUGUUGAUAAUACUGUAUCCAAGUCGGUUUCCUUUGCAAAAAUAAAGCCAAUACCUUAGGGUGAAAGCUGGAAGGUAGAAAAUUGGCCUUUUAGUUUUCACCCCUCUAAAAUUUGGGGAUCUAGGUGUAACAAUGACAGGUGCAUAAGAACUGAGACAUUGACCAGAAGUUCAGUGUAAUAUAGGAAUUCAGAAAAAGAGGGGUUUAUAUAUGAUUAUACACUUAUAUUUGACUGGUGCAAGACACUGUUAUAUUAACUUUGAUAGAGUGUUUUAAUAUGCUAAACAUUUACGUUGUGUUAGAUUUUUGUGUCCUAUAACCCUUGAGAGAGUAAUACAUGUAUAUAUACUUUGUAAUUUUGUAGUUGUUUUUUUUUUCGUUAAAUGUAUUAAUGUAGUUCAUAUUUUCCUGUUUCAUCAUAGGACUAGAUAGGUUAUUACAAGUCUGGAUUUAAUUUCAAAUUUCUUUCUUUCUUUCUGUUAUAAUAGAUUAUACCAUGUGUUUUACAGUAAGUAUGAUGUUCUUUUGAAGUUUUCUUUUCAUUUUACUGCAUUGCUUUCCUUUUUGAAAUUGAAAUUUAGAUAGUAAAAAAAGAUAUUUAUGUUAGUUUCUGUUGUAUUUAAAGUUCAGACAAUUUAUCAAGCUUUUUUGUUAGAUAUUUAUACGAGACCCUUGUAAAAAUUAUAUCCGUUUUAAAGUAUUUUAUAUGGUUAUUAUUUUAUAUAGUUAUUUAGUAACUUUAAUCUUUAAUUUUUGGAUAAUAUAUCUUAUAUUUGAUAUUGAAAGAUGAAGAUUUGUAAAGAUUACGAUACAUAUUAAAACAAAUUCAACCGGAAAUACAAAUACAUUUAAUUUUACAUGUACCAAAUUUUUCAUUGUCAAGAAACAUUCUGUUUUAUUUGAAUGUUGAAUCUUUUAUUGAAAUGUUUAUAUAACUGAUCAUGUGAAAUUUCUUUUUUUAGCAUAACCAUCUUGAUUGACCUUAAUUGAUCAUGUGAAAUUUCUAUUUUUAGCAUAACCAUCUUGAUUGACCUUAAUUGAUCAUGUGAAAUUUCUAUUUUUAGCAUAACCAUCUUGAUUGACCUUAAUUGAUCAUGUGAAAUUUCUAUUUUUAGCAUAACCAUCUUGAUUGACCUUAAUUGAUCAUGUGAAAUUUCUAUUUUUAGCAUAACCAUCUUGAUUGCCCUUAAAGAGAUUAAUCAUUGUGUUUAUAAUACAUUGUACUAGUAUGCUAUCCAAGAAUAUUAUAACUUUAUUCUAUACCCAUUAUUUGCAUUCAGUGUCUGAGACUGAUUUGUACAUUGUGGCCGUCCAAUAUAUUAUUACCUGUGUUGGAUGCUGCAGAAUGCUGUUUUAAAGCCAUUGGUUGAUUUGAGUGUGUGUGAAAUUUUCCAUGUUCAUGUACAGUCAAGUAUAAAAGCAAUCAACAUGUAAAGUUUCCAAAUGAUAUCUGUAAUAAAAAGUGUCAUAUCAAUUGAAAAUGACUGUUACAAUUGAACAAGCUGCCAUGGUUUGCUCCAGCUAUUUACUGGUUCAGAUAGAAUCUGGUAUUGUUCAAUAUUAAAGAAUUUUAUGCAAUUUUGUUGUUUAUAGAACAAGCCGUAACUUCAAAGUAUGGGUAAAUAUUAAUAUGCUUAUGAAGACAGCCAAAUUCCAUGAAUAUCUGCCUGUCAAGAAAUUUGAAUGAUUUUAUACAUAAGAUAAUUGUGUGAAAUAAUAAGUCAUGUCAACUGUUUUGUGUAUAUGUAGUUAUUUGUUGCUAAGUAUGAUAGCAAAUUCUUCUUUAAUUUUUUUCUUCUAGAUGAACUUAAUCAUUUUAAAUAAUUUAAGAAAUGUUUUUAACUAGGGAAAAGGCUUUGUGUACUUGCGUUUCGAUGGGUCAGUUAAAACAAAAUUAAAAAGUUACACAAGUGUUAAAUAAGUACCAAAUUUUAAUUAUUACCUUAUUUUUGAUUUUUUUUUUUUACUGAGGACAGAAAACUGUUAUAAAAAAAACAUUAAAUUUCUGGAACAGUAAGGGGGUAUGGGUAAUAAAGUACAUGUUAUGUUAAUCUAGAAUUCUUGUUUUUCUCUAUAUACAUGUAAUCUGAUAUGAAUGUUAAUUAUUUGUGCCAUUAUUGUUUAUUCAAGAUUUAUAUACAUGUAUGUUAUAGUGAAUUUGUUCUGGCAUUAGGAGAGAUUAUUACACAGUACCAGCUUCAUUUAGGACAUUUUGCUUGUACAUGGUUGAUCUUCACUGCCGUUAAAUACCCAGAGCCAAGCACACUACAUACCAGUUCAAACUAUUGAUGUAAAUUUGAUAAUAUCAUAUUAUUGUAUUCAUGCACAUCUUACACAAUCUGCACCAGAAAUAUGACAGUGUUUGCAGGAUCUUUCUGUUUUAAUAAAUAUUAAAGGUUGUCUAUACAUGUGUGUAAUACAGUUUGGUAGAUUUAUGCUUGUCAUUUGUAUAGGACUAUAUAUCAGUUGUCAUUUUAUUUGGACAAGGUAUUAAAUUAAACAAGUCUAGAAGAAUGUUAUGACUUAGUUUUAUAACAUUUCUUGGACAUGUUUAAUGUAAGUUUUAUUUGAAAUGGUAGCAAAAUUAAUGUUAGAUUUCUAUUAUCAUGUGAUAUUGUAAAGCUUAACGAAACAGCAACAUCAAUAAUUGGCACGGUCAAGUUUUGUUGCCUUUUACUUUUUGUAAAAUGAUUUUACUCUGUGGCUUUUGUGUUGAUUACCUUGUGACAAUUUAAAUGUGUAAUAUAAAGAAUUAUUAAUAAUACAUAAUUAAAAACUAAUUGAAAUCAAUCAAGUAAUUGAAAUCAAGCAAUUUCAUAUGAUAAUGGUAUUCCUGUAAUAUGGCUUGUGAAUAAAAGGUACAUAAUAUGAAAACAGUUAAAUUGAAACAUUUGUUCUUCUUGUAUAUUUGUCAUUUGAUAAUUUAAUGCAUUGAAAUUGUUUGCUUUAAUGCUUUGAAAUUGUCUACUUUAAUGCUUUGAAAUUGCUAGGCUUCCGCAUUUUAUACCAAAGUCUUCGUAUUUACACAAAAGUCUUUAAAUCAUGAAAAAGACUUCAAACGAUAAUCAUGCAAAAUAAAUAAGCAAUAUAGUCACUGUGUAUGUCUGAUGUUUGAAUGUUAUAAUACAUGUUUGUAAUCAUCCAUAUUGUACCAAAGACCGUAACUAUGUUUUAAAAAAAACUGUUAAAACACCUUUUUCUUGAAAUGAUUUAAUUGUUCAUGUGUAAGAUAUUUGUAGGGUUUUGCUUGCAAAUUGCAUUAUGAUGUACAAGCAUGAUCAAAAUUAAAAGGUGCAUUUUGUUUUGUAUGUGCUUUGUAUAUAUUCAAAUGAUUGUUAAAACUAGCUGGAACUAAGCAAGUCAUGGUUUAAAACAUAUAUACGAGAAUCAAUAUUGUGUAUCCAUCAUUUUGAGAAAUAGAAACACUGUUAUUAUCGAAAUUAACUAACCAAGCAUUUAGUUAACUUCACAAAACUAACAAUUUGUCUCUGAAAAUUAUAUUAAUCUUUGUUUUUUUUCUUUUUUGGAGAUUUUUUUUUUUUUUUUUUCAAAUUUAAUGUUUUGGAUUUGAAGUUUCAUGGCAUCCCGCUGUAUUUACAUUUGUAAGUAUUAAUUAAUGUAAGUCAAAGUUAAGAAGAAGGUAUCUUUUAUUGUCUUGAUGUGAAUUUUGUUCCUUAUAUGAACAACUGUAGAUAACAUAUAUUAUAUAAUGAAGGACUCAUUUAUAAUUUAGUUAGAUAAUGUCAGUGUAUUCCAUGAUUUGUAUAAUGCUUUAUUAAGGGAUUGUUAAUUUAGAAUUGUGAUGAAUAAUAUAUAUAAUGUUACUGGGCAUAUAUUAGCAGUAUUUUCCAAGGUAUGAUAAUAAAUUGUUAUCCUCUCACAUUG